CGGGCUCCGCCCCCGCCCGGAGCCUGGCGUGCGGAGCCGGCGGAAGGUGGCUGCGCGCAGCUCCCCGCGCGGCGCACCCUCCCCGUCCCGAGCCGGCGGCCGGCGGUCCGAGAGGGCGCGCCUCCCUCCGCACGCCCAGCACCGCGGCGCCCGGCCGGGAGGACCAGCCGAGGGGGCUGAGGACGGGGAGCAGCUGUGGAGGCCACCCCGCAGCGCCGAGAUUAACAUUUGGAAGACAAUGUUAUGAUCCUUGAGUCACCCGUGGAGUAAUGUGGACAGAGGUUCUUGACCUUGCAUGUUCUAUCGCCCGGAACCAGCAGUGUGUAUUAAUGUUCACUUAAAUCAGAACUUGUAUAAGAAAAAGAAUGGGAGUCUGGUUAAAUAAAGAUGACCGGGUUAGAGACUUGAAAAGGGUCAUUCUCUGCUUUCUAAUAGUGUAUAUGGCUGUGUUAGUGGACACAGAUCAGGAUUUUUACAGUUUACUUGGAGUAUCCAAAACUGCAAGCAGUAGAGAAAUAAGACAAGCUUUCAAGAAGUUAGCAUUGAAGCUUCAUCCUGAUAAAAACCCGAAUAACCCAAAUGCACAUAGUGAUUUUUUAAAAAUAAAUAGAGCGUAUGAAGUACUCAAAGAUGAAGAUCUGCGGAAAAAGUAUGACAAAUACGGAGAAAAGGGACUUGCAGAUAAUCAAGAAGGAGGCCAGUAUGAAAGCUGGAAUUUUUAUCGUUAUGAUUUUGGUAUUUAUGAUGAUGAUCCUGAAAUCAUAACAUUGGAGAGAAGAGAAUUUGAUGCUGCUGUUAAUUCUGGAGAGCUGUGGUUUGUGAACUUCUACUCCGCAGGCUGUUCACACUGCCAUGACUUAGCUCCUACGUGGAGAGACUUUGCUAAGGAAGUGGAUGGGUUACUUCGAAUUGGAGCCGUUAACUGUGGCGAUGAUAGAAUGCUUUGCCGAAUGAAAGGAGUGAACAGUUAUCCCAGCCUCUUCAUAUUUAGGUCUGGAAUGGCUGCAGUGAAAUACCAUGGUGACAGAUCAAAGGACAGUUUAGUGAGCUUUGCCAUGCAGCAUGUCAGAAGCACUGUGACAGAAUUGUGGGCAGGAAAUUUUGUUAAUGCCAUACAAACUGCUUUUGCCUCUGGUAUUGGCUGGCUGAUAACGUUUUGUUCCGAAGGAGGAGAUUGUUUGACUUCACAGACACGUCUCAGGCUUAGUGGCAUGUUGGAUGGUCUUGUUAAUGUAGGAUGGAUGGACUGUGCCACCCAGGCCAACCUUUGUACAAGUUUGGAUAUAACAACAAGUUCUACCGCCUAUUUUCCUCCUGGAGCCACUUUAAAUGACAAAGAGAAAAGCAGUGUUUUGUUUCUUAAUUCAUUGGAUGCUAAAGAAAUAUAUUUGGAAAUAAUGCAUAAUCUUCCAGAUUUUGAACUACUUUCGGCAGACACACUAGAGGAUCGUUUGGCUCAUCAUCGAUGGCUCUUAUUUUUUCAUUUUGGAAAAAAUGGAAAUUCAAAUGAUCCUGAGUUGAAGAAACUAAAGACUCUACUUAAAAAUGAACAUAUUCAAAUUGGCAAGUUUGACUGUUCUUCUGCACCAGAUAUCUGUAGCAAUCUCUAUGUUUUUCAACCAUGUCUAGCAGUAUUUAAAGGACGAGGAACCAAAGAAUAUGAAAUUCAUCAUGGGAAGAAGAUUCUCUAUGAUAUACUUGCCUUUGCCAAAGAAAGUGUUCAUUCUCAUGUUACCACACUUGGACCUCAAAAUUUUCCUGCCAAUGACAAAGAACCAUGGCUUGUUGAUUUCUUUGCCCCUUGGUGUCCACCAUGUCGAGCUUUAUUGCCAGAGUUGCGAAAAGCAUCAAAGCAUCUUUAUGGUCAGCUUAAAUUUGGUACACUAGAUUGUACAGUUCAUGAGGGACUUUGUAACAUGUAUAACAUUCAGGCUUAUCCAACAACAGUGGUGUUCAACCAGUCCAAUGUUCAUGAAUAUGAAGGCCAUCACUCUGCUGAACAUAUCUUGGAAUUCAUAGAGGAUCUUAUGAAUCCUUCAGUGAUCUCCCUGUCACCCACCACUUUCAAUGAACUAGUUAAGCAAAGAAAACAUGAUGAAGUCUGGAUGGUUGAUUUCUAUUCUCCGUGGUGUCAUCCAUGUCAAGUUUUAAUGCCAGAAUGGAAAAGAAUGGCCCGGACAUUAACUGGACUAAUCAAUGUGGGCAGCAUAGACUGCCAACAGUAUCAUUCUUUUUGUUCUGAAGAAAAUGUUCGAAGAUAUCCUGAGAUAAGAUUUUUCCCCCCAAAAUCAAAUAAAGCUUAUCAAUAUCAUAGUUACAAUGGUUGGAAUAGGGAUGCCUAUUCCCUAAGAAUUUGGGGUCUAGGAUUUUUGCCUCAAGCAUCUAUAGAUCUUACACCUCAGACCUUCAAUGAAAAAGUUUUACAAGGAAAAAACCAUUGGGUGGUUGACUUCUAUGCUCCUUGGUGUGGACCUUGCCAAAAUUUCGCUCCAGAGUUUGAGCUCUUAGCUAGGAUGAUUAAAGGAAAAGUGAAAGCUGGAAAAGUAGACUGUCAGGCCAAUGCUCAAACAUGCCAGAAAGCUGGUAUCAGAGCCUAUCCAACUGUUAAAUUCUUUCCCUACGAAAGAGCAAAGAGAAAUAUUGGGGGAGAACAAAUAGAUUCCAGAGAUGCAAAAGAGAUUGCUUCUUUAAUAUAUGAAAAAUUAGAAAAUCUCCAAAAACAUGGAAUGAGAAAUAAGGAUGAACUUUAAUAAUAGUGAAGAUGAAGAAAGAGUUGAAAAGAAAUUCUGACAAAUGACAUCAGAAGAUAUCUUCUUAGACUGUUACUACAUUCAUGGUGGGAAUAAGUGAACAUUAUAUUGGACUUUAAUUAUACUGUCUAAAUUCUAUACAACAUUGGUAUGAAAGAAGGUCUGCAAGCUUUCUAUAAUGUGCCAGGUCAUAAAUAUUUUAGGUUUUAUAGACCAUAUGCAGUUCUUUAUCACAUAUGUUGUUUUGCUUUUACAACCCUUUGAAAAAUGUAAAAACCACUCUUAGUUGAGGGCCAUCCACAAAUAGCCACAAGCCACAUCCAGUCCAUGAGCCAUAGAUUGCUGACUACUAAAAAUGUUUGGGCUGGCUGGCUUGAACAUGAGUCUGCUCUGCUAGUGUACUAGUAUAUGUUUAAGUGGAACAAAGUGGGCUUUAUCACUUAAUAUGUUGUGGCUCACCUGAAAAAAGAGAACUUGGAUUUCAAUCGCCUGUUCUUCUAAAACUUCUCUGAAAUUCUCUAAUCAUAUUUCAUUUUAAAAAAAUGUGAUGUGGCAAAAUAAACAGAUACCCUGUUUUCAUGAUGUAUUAUAGUGAAGAGAUUCUUCAUUCUUUCUGAAAGAUUGAAGAAUUAAUUUUCCACAAUUGAGAAAAAUUUUUGUAACAGUGAGUUAGCAAAUUCUAUAGAUUUCUACCGUAUCCAGAAAUACCUGAAGAAGAAAAAAAAUAUGUGCAACAAUUAACAGGGCACUGUAGAGUAUCCCAAAUAUAUCAAGUAUUUAGAGUUCUAUAUUUUAAAGAUAUGUGUUAAUUUAUUUUCUAAAUAUUUUUCAUAAAGGUUUUCCCUGUGAUACUAAUUAUCUUUUGAAGCAUCUUUCUAAUAUUUAUGUUUUUGCCUUGUGGGUUCUUUUGUUGUGUACCCUUCAUUUAAAUUUGCCAGUUUUUCUUCAUAGUUGUUGUUUUUCACUCUUGUCUAUUCUCUUAAUUAUUCAAACAGGAAAAAUAACUUCGCGGUUUCACUGUAACUCACUGAUAACGCAGUCAUUCCCAUUAUUAGUUGGAGGCUAUCGUGUUCAGAUAAAUAUUGGCACAAUAACCAGUUAUUUUUGUAAGAAAAUUAAGUCUAUAAAUCUAAAAAUGAGAUCUUUUACAAUAGUUUCUCGCUUGUUCAGAAUCAAAUAAUUACAAUUUAGGGUGUAUGUGAUGGUAAGAAUUUCAAUUGAGCAAAAAAGAGGUCAUUGAAUUUAAAAAAUAUUUUCAGUUUUCCCAAACACCUAUUAGGAUUAUAUUUUAUAGCUCCAACUUAUAGGGGGAAAAAAUUUAUUUUCAAGUGUAACCCUAUUCUUCAUAGUCUCACCCAUGUUGUUUUUAGUGUAUUCCUUAAUUCCUUCUUAGAUCUCAUUUUACACAUGUAGGCACAUACAGAAUGAUUACCACUUCUAGCCUUAAUUUAACAUCACCUUUUUGAAUUAUAAUCAGUAAUGGCAAGUGCCUUCAUUUAUUAAAUUUUCAAAGCCUAG